AUGGCUGUAACUAAAGAUAUGUUGAAUUCUCAUACUACAGAGCUUGUAGAUAAAUUAGAUGGUGGUCGAUUUUCAGCUACAAAAAAAUUAGUACCCCAUCUAGGUCCACGAAAAGAAUAUGUUAUUCAUUACCUAGAGCUUCAAUACUAUGUAAAAUUAGCUUUUAAUACAGAAAAGCGUCAAGGGGCUAAGAAUGCUUUUGAGAAAGAUUUCUUUAAGCUUAUGAACAAUUCA